AGAUAAGGCGGGGUUCGGCGCGUGCCGCAAGGCUGCGCUGGGGAGCUUCCUACCAGAUCUUUCAACUGUGGUGGGAGCGUCGAGAGUUGCUUACCAGCUGCUCUUGUACCAAAAGUAAGGUCGAGACCCACCCUUUAACGGCAUCCGCAGAUACUGUCUCCCGCAGGGGAAACCCGGCGCAAUGUCAGAAAAGGGAAAGCGAGCAGCCAGCAACGGCACUGGUUUGGGCAAAGCGGCCUCAACCGGCGACGGGAAGAAAUUCGCGACGGGGCUCCAGAAGAUUGUCAGCGACCUCGAAACGUUGUGUAGGAGCAGCGAAGGCGUGCAGGACUAUGGCGAUCUCCUCGGCAGCCAGGCAGCCCUGAAGCAGGAGGCGCAGAAUCGGGAGCGUGAGGCGGCCAGGUUGCAGAACGAAAUGGAAGGCCUCCUCGCGAAGAGGGACGAAGACGUGCGCGAGCUACAAAAGAAGAUAGCCGGUCUGGAGAACUACAAAGAGUGCAUGAUGGAGGACUACGGGGAAAAGUACAAGGCCUGGGAUGCGGACAAGAGCCGUCACGCCGACGACCUAAAUAAUCUCGCCCAGCUGCGGAACGAGCUCGAGGCCACGGCCACGGCGGCGGAGAAGAUCAAGGCUGAGAAUCACGAGCUUCGCGAGGGGAGGAAGGCGCUGGCCGGCGAGGUCGAGAAGUACCGGAGCGACAAGGUGGCGCUGGACGAUCUUUGCGAAAUGAGAGAGCUGGAGCUCAAGCAGACAAACCGCAGGCUCAAUGAAUACCGAAAGAAGGCCAAGGAUGCGAAGGACAAGCUUGGGAUUCUGCCACUAGACACUGAGAGACUUCAGCAUGAGCUUGAGGAUUUAGCCACCGGGUUGCACGAGCUUAUAUGGAACCACUUUGAAAAUCACAUCCUACAACCGGUAGUACCUGUCGACGUUUCCGGUACGACACUGAUGCAGAUCCCCCAACCGAUCUCCAACUCGCCAGUCGCUCGGGCGAUGCGGUGCGCCCUUGCCGAGGCUCUCGUAGCCAAAGAGCUGUCCCGGUGCAUCUUCACCGACCUGCACGUCUCCGACAGCGUGUCGGACGUCCUGGUCGACGGGCUAACAAAAGUCCUGAAAUGGUUAGAGUCGAGUCACCCCCUCGAGGCCACUGUCACCCGCUGCCAGCUGGCCCGGGCCUUGGCCGAGUCCAACGGCGUGGAACAUUGUGCCCCCCAGGCGGCUGAGAGAGUAUGCGCAGCCCUGGAGCCGUGGUUGGGCGGCGACGACCGGCGACGGCUGUUCGCGGCAGACCUGGCAGAGCGGUUUGGGGCUGCCAUGGCCCUUUGGCUACCCCUCCAGCGCGCUGAGCAGCGCGUACGGGCGGAGACAGACUUGGCCUGCAAAGACUGGUUCUACGAGAGACCGAAGUACGACGUCGUCACGCCGGGGGAGAACACUCAUGGCGACGGCGGCGUCGGUGGCGGCAGCAUCAACAGCCAGGGCCACGACGCCGGGCCCGAGUUCCCGCUUGCCGUGCUAUUUCCCCAUAUCUACGUCGGCGACACAAUCCUCUUCCACGGAUUGAGCCUUUUCGCGUAUCAGCCGGCCGUCGCGGCCGCCAGGCUCGAGCAGAGGAAGCAGCCCGAGUCGCGGGCCAACAGGGCUAGCCAUAGACGGAGCGGCCAGCAUAGCCAGCAGGUGAGCGGGCAGCCUGCCAAGGGAAGUCGAAGGACGAGCGUUUCUUCGGUAGAGGAGUCUAGGAUGAGGGGGUCGCUUGUGGGCAGCGCAGCUUCGAGCGACCUGUCAUCUGUUGUUCUGAAACCGCGUUCUCUAAUCGACGGUAGGGGCCACAGAAGUUAGUGCUUCGGGGUCUACAAGAAGCCAGCGGUUGGGGGGGGAGCCAAUCUUGGGUGAUGGCGAGCUAGAGAGGUGAGAGAGCUGCUAUUCUAGUGCGCACCCUUCUAGAGAGCCAUGCUUGCCGCUUACGCACGGCCUCACACUAGGCUUGGUGCUUUGUGUAGCUACAUUCCCACAGCCACAGAAUAUAACGUCAUGUACCCGAACA